GGAUGUGCACCAAAAUGAAUUUUCCGGGAUCAUUCCAGCCACACUUGGGAGUCUUGCUCAAUUGGACUACCUCAACACAUCUGGCACCAGCCUCACUUGUCCUGCUGCUGACAGCACCACCUGCGCCCAAACCUUAUCGCCAAAGGCGGCCUUCUGCCAAGAUUGUGGCACCACCUGUUCUGCAUGCCAGCAAGAAACAGCAGCAGCACCAGGAGCACCAGCAGCAGCAUCUGGAGGUGGAGGGGGUGUAUCAGUGGGAGGCAUCAUUGGCAUUGCUGUUGCUGCUGUGGUCGUUCUCCUCCUGCUUCUGGCUGCCAUGUUGCUCUGCUUCAGGCACCAGAAGCGGCAAAGCUCAAAAU